AUGGUGGAGCUAUUACCAGAAGUGGUGACCAUCUUACUCACUAACCGGAACGACUUGGAAGUGAAGAAAAUGUGUAUAUCGUGCCUCAAGACAUAUGCUGAGGUGAGGCCUCAUGAGGCCGCAAAGGCAAUUGAAGUUUUUGAGAGCGAUCUGGCGAAUGGUUCGCCCUACGUGAAGGCUCUGGCCUUGAGAACAAUCUCUUCUAUUCCGACAAAAGAGUACAUCGAGAGAACUGCAGCCGAAUUACCCGUUUUCCUGGGUGAUGCGAAUCCAUAUAUAAGAAAAACAGCUGCUUUGGGUGUGGCCAAACUUUUUGAAAAGGAUCCAAGAUUGGGGCAGGAAUAUGGUCUGCUAGAAAAACUCAACAACCUGUUACACGAUAAAGAUGCCACUGUUGUUUCGUCAGCAUUGGCAGCCUUGAAUGACAUCAUUGAAAGGAGCCCUCAGCUGAAGCUGUCAAUUGAGUACAGAGACGCGGUUACCCUUAUUGGGCUGUUGGGGACGUCCGAUGAAUGGGGUCAAGUGUACAUCUUGAAUUCGUUACUGUCGUUUGUUCCGUCUCAAGAGAGCGAGGCUGUUGAGUUCAUCGAGAAGGUUAUGCCGUAUCUUCAGCACUCAAACAGUUCUGUGGCUUGCAAUGCCCUCAAGGUGAUUGUUUACUUGGCUAAUUAUGUCAAACACCCAGAGGACGUCCUUCCUGUGUUACCCCAGAGAAUCAGCAGUGCUUUGACUUCCAUGCUUUCGAAAUCCUCCGAAAUUCAGUUCUUGAUAUUGAGAAACGUGAUCCUGCUGCUCCUUACGAAAUCGAAGCUGAUCCAAUUGGAUGUAAAGAUGUUCUUCUGUCAAUAUGAUGACCCUAUCUAUAUCAAGGACACUAAGCUGGAGAUCAUCUAUCUAUUGGCAGAGAAAAGCAACGUUGGCAUUGUUUUGAAUGAGCUAGAGGCAUAUGCUACUGAGAUCGAUAUACAGAUGGUGAGGAAAUCCAUCAGGGCCAUUGGUAACUUGGCCAUCAAGAUCGAGGAAACUGCUAGCGAGUGUGUGAAGGUGUUGCUGGAUCUUUUGGAGAAUGACAUCUCAUACAUCGUGCAAGAGACAGUCGUUGUUUCUAAGAACAUUCUCAGACGGUAUCCUAACCAGUUUGAAGAGCUUAUAGAGUCCUUCAGCAAACAUGUGGAUUCCGUGGAGGAGCCGGAAGCAAAGUCUGCUAUGAUAUGGGUCCUGGGCCAGCGUUCGAGGAACAUUGCGUCGUCCACAAAAAUGCUAACUGCUUUUUCUGAAGGUUUUCUGGAGGAUCCAGUUGACGUUCAGUUAUCGCUACUGACUGCAUCCGUGAAAAUUUACUCGAGGAGCCGGAGUCUGGAUUCCUCGCAGCAGCAGGGUGCCGAGGAGCUCAUGCUGAAGGUUCUCAAAUUGGCAACCGAAGAAGUGAAUGACCCAGACUUACGGGAAAGAGCCUUCUUUUACUGGCGAAUUGUUCAGCAGAGUGCCUCGCUGCAAGAAGUAGUGGAUGUUUCUCUUCCUGUGAUAUCAACUGAUUCGGACAAACUGCCAGAACGAAUUCUGGAGGAACUGGAGCUAAGCAUUGGAACUCUGGGAUCGAUAUACCUAAGGCCAAUAUCGCAUGUGUUUCGUCUGGCAAAACCCAAGUCGCUUGCUUACAGUCCUGCCCUUCAGAAACACAUCGAGGGAAAACCCAUCUCCAGUAACAUGGAACGCCAGGUGAGCAUUAGUGAGAAUGUGAGAAGCACCUCAUCAAACGGUCAGUCUGUUCAACCCGAGAGCAGACCAGAUAGGCGACCCCUCAUUGACGUGGAGGUCCAUCAUCCACAUACCAACGCCAAUGGCGAGAAGCUCAAACAGGUUCAGUCCUUAGAGGAUGAACCGGAAGGCUCCAACAUAGACGGAUCGCUAAAUGCACCUAGAGAUGUUCAUACCAGAUUUCCAUCUCAUUCAUCUCAAUCUUCCACCAAGACAAGCUCGAGAAAGUCGACUUUGGGUCGGAGAGCGUCCAUCUCACUUCUUAGCAGGAAACUGAGAAACCUGUAA